AUGCCAAUCAACGACUACGGCGUCUGGAGAGCACGCCCUGUGAUGUAUAAAUUCGAACAUGAUGCCGAUGAUAACGUCUCCCCACAUCUAUCUCUCUACUUUGACGAUGGACAAGAACAGAAUGAAGACUACAGCUCUACCAACGAGUUUCGCGAGCAUGGUCGCCACAAGACUCACCAUCGCGGCCCGAAGCCUGUAGAAAUUCCUGGGCUGAGCAGAGCAGCAAUCAAUAUUAAGUCUGGCGUCAAGCAGGAAUCCAGACUAGUUUUUUGGGCGAAUCGAAACUUCAAGGAUAACCCGAUGGUCAAUAAGCUGGCCGAAUUACCCUCUGGCUUCAAUUCGCUUAAACACGCGGACAAAGCACCUGGUGGCCUCAGAUUAGAUUUCAUCCGGGGCAAUUUGUUCAACGUGAAUUGGGGUCGACUUUUACCUCACGAUACUGAAGGCCCAAACAUCCUCGAGCCCGAGGUGCAAAAGGCAAUCGAUCAAAAGGCGGAGAUCUACCUCUUUGGAGAAAGGUUCAACACUGAAAAUGGUAUUCACAAUAUCCACAUGAACCAGGGCAACUGUGGGAAAUGGACAUCCGAUGAUAGCAUUUUCCAAGAUGGAGGCCUUCUGAUAAAGUACCCAACCUCCGGCAAUUGGGUGGGCAUCUUCCUCGGGUUCGCUGGACAAGCUGUGCACACCGAUAAUUGUGGCCAUGCUAUUUCAUUGGAGCGCUGGCCUAACUAUCUGAGCUCAACAUCAAAGCGCUCUGAUCUGAUCGAGACCUCUGUAUCCAUCGACGAGGCUUCGGUCGAACAGCAUCCCUCUGAGACCAGACGCCGCUCGGUUACUCUCACAAAUCGGACGGAUCAUACAAUUCCUCUGUCUUCUUGGAAGAUUAAGAACUCCGCUGGCCAGGCCCAAAAGUUACCUGCAAAUGCCGAGUUGAAGGCCAAUUCAACUAAUGUCUUUGAUAUCUCCCAUGUUGACCUUUCUAACAUCGCCGAUACGGUCACAUUGAUAAAUGAGAAGGGUCUUAAGGUUGACGGAGUGAGCUAUAAUUCUCAUCCAGGGAAAUUCCAAGGACAGUCCGUUGUCUUCGCUCAUUAA